GCCACUGAAGCUAAAGAUGCUUCAACUGCCGUUUCACUGUGACUUCAACAUUAAGUUGUACUCUGUGGCAAACUUUGGCCACACCUAGAUCCUGUCCCAUUUCCACACAAAAAAAACAACACACACACACACACACAAAAAAAGCCUCUUUUUCUUUUUUUUUUCUGGUGCGUUUGUUUGUGUGACGGCGAGUCCCGGCGGUGUAACCGGAGAGGGGCCUCAGAGAGGGAAUGCAGGACUGCAAUGGAGCACAAUGCAAUACAGUGGUUGGGUGCCCCCUCCUGCCAGCGAGGCAGCUACGCCUUCUAUAAGUCGGUGAGCAGCAGAGCUCAGCCCGACGGGCCCGUCCAGGUGUGGAAGCUCGGGGAGUUUUACUUCAUCCGCUGUGGACCGCAGGAUCCCGUGUGCAUCGCAGAGGUGACCUUACUGUGGGAGGACAAAACACAGCGCCACCUACUGGCCAGCGCCAGGCUCUACUUCCUGCCCGAGGACACGCCGAAGGGCCGGACCCGGGAGCACGGAGAGGAUGAAGUUCUGGCGGUAUCCAGGAAGAUGGUGUUGCGGGUGGAGGACCUGGUGCGAUGGGCGUGUGCGGAGCCCGCAGCGUGGAACAGCGGCCUGAAGCCGCUGCCCGGCAACACCAACGGCCUCCACAAACCUCCACAGAGCAGCGAGCCGCUCAAAGACAAAACUGACAACGACCUGGCGGAGCGGCAGGGCAUCAAAAUUCUCAGCUACCCGCAGUACUGCCGCUUUCGCUCCCUGCAGAGACGCCUCCAGGACGGAGCGAGGGGCCCGGGGCUGCAGGACCCCCACCUGCUGGCCCUGGGAGGCGUCAAGGCGCUGCCCAACACCCGGCUGAUGUACUGCAGGGACACCUUCAACCACCCGACGCUGGAGAACAGCACCAACUUCUCCUGGCAGUUCAGAUGUCCAUCUCUUAGUCUUCGAGGGCGACCUCGCAAGAGGAAAGGCCGAGACGGUAAAGACUCGCCAAACUCCACCCAAUCGGAGUCCUGGAUCGAGCGGAUGAAGGAGAACGUGAUGGGCAGUGUAGAGGUCGGCUGUGAGGGCAGCUGGCUCCCCCACCCUGAAGAGCAGCUAUUCCUGGAUCAGCUCUUUGCCUACAUGGAGCGCCUCGGCUCGCCCAUCCACAAAGUCCCCAACCUCGGCUUCAAGAAGAUUGACCUCUUCCUCAUGUACUCUGUGGUCAAGCGGCUCGGAGGCUACCAAAAGGUGACAUUGGACCGUCUCUGGAAAAUAGUUUAUAACGAGCUGGGAGGAUGCCCCGGCAGCACCAGUGCUGCUACCUGCACCAGGAGACACUACGAGAGGCUUAUGCUUCCUUAUGAAGAGCACCUCAGAGCAGGAGGAGCCGAAUUCAAAAUCCCAGAAUCCCCCAUGCCUCCGAAACCCAGAGGGAUAAGAGGAAGGAAACCACUUCAGAGAGGCAGAAAACCAGGACCCAAAACCAAGGACAAGAAGUUGACGACCCCUGCUGCUCCUCCUCACACUCUCGUCAACCCGAACGGCACCGUGGUGGUGAAGAGAGGCCGAGGCCGGCCGCCGGGCACGCGCAACAAGGCCACGCUGAUCGCUCAGGCCAAGCUGAUGGCCCAGCAGCAGGCUAAAGCCAGAGCAGCGGGCGAGUCACAGCUGCACAGUCCUCUGCUUCCUGUCCGAGUCGGAGGUGGACCAACCCCCAGCAGCACACCCAGGCCCAUCCAGCCGGCUAUCCUCCCUGUCAACAUGCCCCUCACCCCCGACCUCUCCCCCAUGUCCGCCCCCUUCCUCCCCUUCCAGCCCAAACCCAAGGAGCUGAAGCCGGACCGAGGAGAGUCUGUGGCCCACGCUCCGGGCGUGCUCCUCUCCACGCUGCCUCGCCACUUCGUCGGAGGGUCUCUGGGCGGCUUCAGCCCCAUCAAAGGCGUCUGUCCUCUGGACGUCUUCAGGAACCGCAUCAGCCUCCAGAGAGGCCCGGAGAGCCCGACCCUGACGCCCCAGGACCCGGCCCAGCACCCAGCCCAGCACCAUCCGACCAUCUACACCCUCCAGCCCAAAAUUGGAAGCCCGGAUACGUCUCGCCCCAGCGGGGACCAGCUUCAGCCUCAGCUCCACUCGCUCCACCAGCAGCACAACCACUGCUCCGGGUGUAGCGUGGACGAGGCGGCCCAGAGAGGGGUCAGUCGGGACGCCAGGAACCGGCCUCCGUUGCCCCCUCUCCGGGUCCUGCCUUUGAACCUGGACUGCAGCGUUCAGGUUUGCCAGCUGAUGAGAACUCGCCUGGGCUCGUCCCAGUUCCAGACCUUCACUCGCCGACUGUCUGAGGCUCUGUCCCAGGACCUGAGCCCCAAGCCCCCCUGCUCUCCCAUCACCCCUCCCCCCGAGCAGGCGCUGCCUCUCAACCUCAGCAAGCGCUUCGCGGCCAAGAGACCCAGCACAGAGGGGCCGGAGGCGGGCCUGGCAGCGAUCAACGGGAACGCGGAUCAACCGCCAUCCAAGAGACCCAGACCCGGCUGCGCGGAGCAGGCCGAGGACUUGGGCCCGGGCGGCCGGCCCAGCUCCGCAGGAAGCGAAGGAGGAGAGGAGCAGGAUGUGGAGAUGAAGAACCAGGAGGAACCCGCAGACCUGAGCUCCCCUAGCCGGAUCAGGGCCUUCCUGCUCGGGCUGCCACCCUUCCAGGUGAAAUUCGAGGAGGAUCUGAACGGGACGCGGUUUGGGAAAUUUCUUCCUCCAGAAUCUGUGGCUGAAACCCAGAGGACCGAGACAGGAGAGGGAGGAGUGGUGGUAAAGAAAGAAGUAAAGGAGGAGGAGGAGGAGGUGGUGGAAAUAGAGCGAUGUGAAACUGAGAGAAGCGAGAAACUACAGAAGUCGGAUCAGCAGGAGAAAGAUCUCACUGGCCUCUCUGGUCCCGGUCCUGCAGAGCUGAAGAGAGCCGGGCCCUCAAACACUGAGUCGCACUGUUUUUAGCAUUACUCCCUCUGUCGAUUAUUAGCAUUUUGUGAUCAGAAAACUGUCGGAUAAAUCGGGGAUUUGUCGCUUUUUGGAAUGUGGGAAGUCGUAUCCACCGCGGGGCUUUGGUGUUUGUUUUGGACGCCGGAUGCUUCAGCGGUCGAUCGGGCUCCGGUUAAUGCCUAAAUACGCCGAGCAGGGAUGUUUCUUUGCUUCCUAUUUGAGCAACAUUUGAACUCGCAACUUCUCUUUUUGUUUCCCAUUUUUGUCUCCUUGUUGUUUAUUGCCUGCGUUUUUUUUUUUUUGAUCAUGUCGUUGAUGGAACUUUGCAGAGGAAUGACGACACUGAGACUCAUGACAAUCACAAAUCGGCUUCUCUUCCUUUCUCUGUUGAUUUCUGUCUUAAAAAAAACAACAGAGGAGUGAGACUGUGACUAUUUAACAAACACUGCCAUAACACUAUUAACUCCACUAUUCAAUAUUACAGUGAAAUAUUGAAUAAGAUCCAUAUUACUUCAAAUAAAAAAAAAAUCUAUUCUAUCUAUGGGUGAUGCUAUGCAUCAAUACUUCAUAAUUUAGCAUCUGCAGUGUACUGUAGUUUGGUAGUUUUCAUUUUUAAAUUGUACUCUACUUCUGCGGAGAGAGAUAGUUAUUUUCUGAUAAAGUGUCUGGAUGUUAUCUGGAGCUCCUCAGUCUUCACAGUAUAGCUCGUUAAGUGAAGCCUUUCUAUAGUCCUGCUCGUUAGCUAAAAAUUGUAUAAACCUUUCUUACACAAAUGUGCCUUAAGUGGCCUGCGAUCUGUUUCAUCGCCGGCUUCAAAUACAUUCGGUUAAAGAGAUACCUUGAUGUUGGACCGGUCUAGUUUUCCUUCACUCCUAACUUGGGAAGGGUGUCUUUGAAACAUUGGUGUGGAUACAAUACCGGAGAUGUUGUUACUUUGAGAAAUAUAAUGCGUUUCCUACAAAACUUUUAGCAAAAGAAGCCAAAGUCCUUACAUUUUAAUCCUAAUAUUAAUAGUAGCAGCUGUACAAGAAUGUGUCUGAAUAAAACUGCUACAAAAAAAGUAAGUUUUCAAUCAAGAAGUAUUAAAAUCUGACCAGACAUUCAAUGCCAGCUGACUCAUUUCCUACAGCACUAGUAAAAAAAAAAAAAGUGUUACGGUUGGAUACCCAGCCCUGUAAAGGCCGCUGUGGCCACACGUUGGCACCGUCGUCUUCGCCUUCUUCGCUCCCACUGUUGACGUUGGUCAACGGAUAAGAAAUCAGCACAGGAGGGACAACAGUGUGUAGAGAUCCAACGUGAACAUGUAGCCCAAACAUUCAGACUACCUCAGGUUUUACUUUUAACAUUUCCACCACAGACUUACGAUUCGCAGUUGCCGUUUGUAGAGGUUUGGGUCAUUUCAUGGAACCACCGGAAUGAUCCUUUUAAUCUGCAAUCUGUAUCUGGAUACGUAACACGGUGGGGGUGACCUGCUGGAGUGCCAGCCAAGAAAUAGUCUGACACAUAACCCCCUGCAAAACCUCAAAUUGAUGUUUUUUUACUUCCGGUUUUGUGUGUAUUAAAAGAAGAUUGUAACAUUUUAAUGGUGGAGCUUUACAGUGGCUGUUAGUUGUAUUUAGUUACUUUGAACAGAGCAGGCCUAGCUGUUUCUCCCUGCUUCCAGUCUUGGUGCUAAGCUACGCUAAUUUCAUAUUUAGCGUACAGAAACAAGAGUGGGAUGGAUGUUCUUAUCGAAAUCUCGACAAUAAAGCAAAUAUGUUAAUGAAUGUUGAACUAUUGCUUGAAAGCUUUAGUUUUUUUUUUUUAAUUAAUAAAACGUCCGUUAGAAUUCCAGCCGUUGCCA